AUGUUCUUAAUAGCUCUCGUUAUUCAAGCUCUGUUCAUAUCGGUGAAUGGAGUGUGAAUUUCAGGCAUCUCGAUAGAUCCUUCAGUAUUAAACCAAGGAUACUUAGCAGGCUCUGUAGCAGGUGGAACAGUCCUUCAUAUUCGUGGAGGCUUUGACAACGAAGACCCAGCCUCAAAUAUAAUUAAGAUUGAUGGACAAGUUUGCGAAAUCAUCCAGUUCCACGCAAGAAGCGAUUAUUUACAGUGCGUCACUCCACCCUCUAACCAUCCAAAUGGGGCGACAGUACCAAUUACAGCCUUUUACCAUGGAGAAAGUUUCAGUAACGAAAAAUAUCAGUUUACAUAUAACAAAUACAACACCCCAGUCGUUUUCGAAAUGAAUCCAGUAGAAGCAGCUCCAGGCGACGAAGUAAGCUUUGUUGGGAGGUGGAUGACAACUGCCUGGGAUCAGUUUGACAAUGCAAAAGUAGACACCCAAAAUAUGCUCAUGUACAUAUUGGAUACAAGCCAAACCUUUGGAAGUUGGGAUGUCAUGAACUUAACUGCUGUCUUAGGCGACAAUGACCAAGGAGAUAUCAACGCUACUAUUACACUUAAUGGGCCUUAUGGAAAAGCCUUUAAACGUUGGACUGGGACUCAAUAUGACUUAAAUGGCAACCCUUACAAUUUUCGAACUCUUGCAAGAAUUGACUCAGUCUCAGCAAGCAGCGGAAGCUCAGCAGGUGGCCAAGAAUUGACAAUAAAAGGUGAAGGCUUUCCUUUAACAGCUUCGUGGGUAAAGGUUGAAGUGGACGGAAGCGACUGCAAAAUCUCAUCACUUGCUUUCGAUAAAAUUAACUGCACUACAACUGCUGCUACAAGAACUGGCUCACAAACUAUAUUUGAAGGCGGGGCUGGCUUAAAAAGGCAAGUGUGGCUUAACCAAACAACAAGAUCUUUGGAUUUUUCUAGCUUAAGCUCAGUUACCCCUGAUUUCACCUUUAGCGUGGCUUCAGCCCAGAUUCCAAGAGAUGAAGACGUCAGCAUCAGAGAUAAAAUGACUGGACUUUUUAGAGCUCCAGUUACAGGAACUUAUAAGCUUAUGGUGUCCUCAGAUGAUUAUGCUGAAGUAUUUUUAGGAACCUCUGAUGAUCCAGCAACUGCUGCUUCUAUUCUUAAGUUCGAAAGCUACACUUCAUUAAGAGAUCAGUUUACUAAAGCGUCCCAAAGUGAUGGAAUUUCCUUACUCCCUUCUUAAUCAGAGAAAAUAUUUAUCUUAUACAAAUUAUAAUUUUUAGAGGAAAAAUAUAAUAUUUGAUCCAAAUAGUUUUGGUAUUAAUUUAAUGAAAAUUUACCUAUAAAUUAUCUAUGCUUUAAUUAGAAAACUAUUUAGAUAGCUAGCACUUUAAAUCAAUUAAUUUUAUAUAUUUUUUCUAUGGUAUAUUUAAAAAAAAAUAAUCCUUUUAAAUUGACAAAUUUUUUUGUUCCUAUCUAACGAAUGGAGCUAGUUGAAAAUACAGACUACUACUUUGAAGUCAGACACACCCAAGGAAGCGGAUCCAGCCACUUAGACUUAGGAGUCUUAAUUUCAGGCUCAGCCCUUCCUAAUACAAUGCCAUAUGUCCAAAAACUGCAACUUACUGCUGCAGAUCCAGUUUAUGAAGUCCAAACACUUAAAUUUUUCGGCUCAUCUACAGGGCCUACUGGCGGCAAGCUCCGACUUGUAUAUGGAACGACAGUAAGAGACUCAAUUGAUUGGGAUGCUGACUCUGGGAUGUGGAAAUGCAGCGAUAUCCUCAACCAAACUAGCUACUUGGGAUUAGGCUCACUGUCAUGUCUUGGCUCCUGGGAUAGUACCAAUACAAUAUUGUCUUAUAGCAUUACAUUUAACUACUUGGUAUCUGAUAAGAGAUACAAGUUCUCAGCUGAUACCUCACUUAUUGAGCCAACAAACAGCAUUUCUAUUACCAAUACCAAAACUCCAGGUACUACUACAUUAAAAGGGAGCUUCAAACUUGGGUUUAGAGGUGCACAGUCAGAUUGGAUUGACAUUAGCACUUGGGUAGAUGGACUUGAAUUUUACUUAAACAAGCAAAUUGCUGAGUUCCAAAACCAAUUAGUCGUUUACGGUUCUGUUGGAUUUCCUUUCAACACGCUUCUAGCUUUGCCUUGGUUCCUUUUUGAUGGGACUAAUUUCGACGGAAUCACCGUUGUAGAUACCAACUUCACUGGUGGAAAUAUAGAAGGUUCGACUGAUCCUGCAAGCAUUACAACUGUUCUUGACCAAGUUUAUUUGCCAACUGAUGGCGCUUUUUGGCCAGUUAUCCCAUCAGACUUCUUGAGAACCACUGAAUCGUCUCCUCAAGUCAGAGUUUUUGUCAACGAGACAGUUUCAGUAUGCAGAGGAGAUUGCAGCUACAGUUAUUUGUCGUCUCCAGAUUUCCCAAAAAUAACAAGCUUUGCCAAAUCAUCGUCUACUCUUACAAUUGUAGGUGAAGACUUGCCAACAGAUGCAACCCAGCUAUCAGUCUCUGUAGGAUUUUCUGCUUGCGAAGAUAUUGCUGUAACUGGUAAUACUCAAUUCUCCUGUACUCUUCAAGAUGGCGUCGCUGGAAGCUACCAGCCAGUAGUUAAAGUCGCAGGCCAAGGAAUUAUUCCAAUAGACUCUACAUUCAUUGACACCAUUGACUCUACUCCUACAAUAACUUCAAUAUCUCCUACAGCUGGUAGUAUCCAAGGUGGAACAACAGUAACAAUUACAGGCACUGGAUUUUUUGACUCACUAACUAAUUCUGCAUAUGAGCAAACUGUUACCAUUGAAGGAUCCGACUGUGCUAUAACUAGCACUUCCUUGACUCAAAUUAUAUGUACUGCAGGCCCACAAUCCUCUGGAUCAGGCGCUAUUGUCACAGUCGGAGGACAAUCAUCAGCUUCUUAUGCGACUACUUUCUACGACUCAAGCAACACUCCUACAGUGACUUCUAUAAGCCCAAGCUACGCAAGCACAACCUUCAAAACUGUGAUCACCAUUGGGGGAACUUCUUUCUCUGAUACAACCAGUGACAUUUCAGUCACCAUUGGAGACCAAAUUUGCAUGGUCGUAAGCUCAACUACUACCCAAAUUACCUGUGAUUUAUUAGGAGGUCCUCCAGGCACUUAUGAUAUAGCAGUUUCAGUUUCUCCUUAUGGAUUAGCCAAAUUCGAACCUUAACUUAACUUACUACUUAUAACGCUUAACGUCCACUACGGGGUUGGCUAAGCCCAGACCUCCGCUCGUCUUUCGCCGCAUCGGGCCCACAGACCUCUGGGCCGGUCCGCUUCGAUCUCCAGGGUGCGCCUAGGGGCAAGUGUUGCCGAGUUCGACGGCUCAUGAAUGAGCUACUUGCUUAUAACAUGGGUUGCCAUUCCGAAAACCCAAAAAAUGGAUUUUCUGGUAGGCUUUCGGCAAAAAGGAGAAACACGUAGCCUGGGACGUAACGCCCAGUUUCACGCUAGGGAGUUGCCCGAUGGGUCGUGUGGACUCUGCUGGGCUUCCCCUUUCCAACUCCGUGCUCUCCUUCCCCACGAGGAAAAAACCAUCUCUGAGAAUAGACUAGGGCUAGGCUCUGUACUCCGCCAGAGUUGCUUACCUAGCAUUGCCGUCCAUCUCUGAAAUGGCAAAACCUUGCUGGAUAUAAUUAAAAUAUGAGUCGAGGCUGCAUGGCCGGAGGCCAUGCCCAGACGAAGACGUCAUAUUUUAAUUAGCCAAAUUCGAAUCAGUCUCUGAAAACUUUGACCUUAAAUUUGACGUAGAGUCAAUCAGCCCAGCUAUAGGCUCUGUUGAAGGUGGAACUACAAUUACAAUUAACGGCCACGGAUUUUCAGAUGUCUCAAGUUCUUUGAUAAUCAUUAUUGGAAACCAAGAUCAUGAAUGUGAGAACUUAGUCGUGAUAUCAGCAGAACAAAUAACCUGCACAACUCCAGCGUCAAGCGGCAUGACUCUUGAACAUGAAUAUACUGUAACUGUAAUAGGAAGAGUUCAGAUGGAAAGCAGGUGCACUGGGACUUGCAAAUUUACAUGGUCAGACUCAGUAACUCCAACAGCUACUUCAAUUUCACCUAACAGUGGAGCUUUAGGAGAUACCGUCACUUUGUCAGGCUUGACUUUAGGAACUGACCCAAGCAAAGUUCACUUAUCAUUCGGAGGAGUUGAAGCGACCAUUACGUCAUGCACCGAUACUCAAAUUGUUGCUACAGUUCCAGCUGUUAAAGGAGUCCAUCCAACUUUGGCACUUUCAAUUGAUGGCCAAGGACUUGCAGAUACAUCUUCACUUGUGUUCAACAAUAACGUAUUUGUAUCAGAGGUCAGUCCAAAGACAAUUUCUCAAGGAGGAGAAGACAUUACUAUAACUGGUGGUGGAUUUGAUACUGGAAUGACUUUUGCUUUUGGCUCAGUUUCUUGCACAGUGACUGGAAUCACUGAUUCUACUGCAAAAUGCAAGGCAGGGGCUUAUUCUGCAUCUAGCUCUGCUCAAAGCCUCGUUAUUUCUGGAACUGGCUCAUAUUCAUGCUCAGACAGUUCUAAAUGUGCAAUCACUUACUCAUCAGCGUUCACCCCUGUUUUAGGGUCAUCGGUUUCAGGAUUCUUAACAAUCCCAUUCACUGCCCCAUCAGGAAAUGGAGACGUAGACUCUACAAAAGUCCAUGUAUAUCUUGGCAGCUACCCAUGCACAAUAACUUCUGUGUCAGCAAGCGAAAUUGUUUGCACCCCAACUGCUCCAGCAGGGACUUAUACUAUUAAAUUACACGUAGAUGGGUACGGAUACUCCACAGGGACCUUGAGCACCCAAAUCAGCCUUUCAAUAAAUAGUGUAACUGCAGACCCAUCCUCAUAUGAAGGUGGCCAAACAGUCACUGUGUCAGGCACUGGGCUGAGUGAUAAUUUAGGUGUCUAUUUGUGCGGAUUCCAAUGCACUGUCGAAACUGCAACUGGGGAUUCUUUAAAAUGUUUGUCUCCUAAAGUAAUUACAACUUACUCGCAAAACACCUUCAAUUUAGCGAACUCUCCAACCAAACUCAGCAACUUUACAGUGAUUUCUAGCGUCGCAACAAAUGCUGCAAAGGCUUUUGAUGGGGAUGUAACUAGCUCUUAUAGAGAUUCUACCAAUACUUUUGCAUAUGUCGGAGUUGAUGCAGGAGAAGGACGCUAUAUCCAGCUUUCUCAGGUAACUCUGAUUGGAGGAGGUACAGGAAAUCAAUAUUAUAGCAACUUAGUAGGCACUGUUGUUCAAGGCUCAAAUGAUAACUCAGCUUGGGACAAUUUAUACAACUUUACAACAGUAACUGAUUACACCAACAAAUGGAACGUCCCUGUAAAUAAUCAAGCUUCAGAUAACUACCCUGUGUACACCUAUAGGUAUUACCGUCUCUAUAAAGAAUUCGCAGGCAACAACUAUUACAUCAAUGAAGUCUCUAUAUUCGGAUUUAUUGGACUUUCAGUGACUGAAACAGACGUCACUUGUGACUUAACGACCAGCUAUACUUCAACAUCAGGAAGGAUGCUUACAAGCUCAACCUCUUAUGCCUCAGCAAUCCAAUACCAAGGCUCAAUCACCCCAUAUAUUACUGACUUCUCACCAAAAUUCGGGACCAGUCUUGGAGGAGAUAUCAUCACAUUUACCGGCUCAUUUGGUGCUUCCACAACAACCUCUGACGUAACCAUUCUAAUUGACGAAGUCACUUGCACAGUCAUUUCAGUUACUAGUACAGAAAUCCAAUGCACAACCUCUGCAAGACCAAACUAUGUUUCGCCUUCUCUUUCUAUUACAAUUGCUGGAGUUGGCUAUGUGGUGACUCAUGGCAAGACUUUCCUUUAUGCUGAACGCUGGAGUGCAUCUACAACUUGGGGCGGCGAAGUCCCUCCAUUUGCAGGUGAAACUGUGCAUAUUCCUGUAGGCAUGAACAUUUUAUUAGAUGUAGCAACUCCUCAUCUAGGGUUGAUCCUAAUUGAAGGAAGCCUUAUAGUUGAAGAUAUCGAAGGACUUAGCAUUGAUGCAAACUACAUUUUCGUUCAAGGUGGACUUUUGCAAAUAGGUACAGAGGCAGAGCCAUUCCAAAACAAAUUCACUAUAACAAUCCAUGGAGAUAGAAGUUCCCCAUUAUUGCCAUACUAUGGCAGUCAGUUUAUUGCUUUUAGAGGAGGAGUCUUGGAUAUUCAUGGUGUUAAAAGAACUCCUACAUGGACCUUUAUAGAUGGGACAAUUACUCCAGGCGACACCAAAUUCAACGUAGCAGAAACAGUGGACUGGAAAGCUGGGGAAGUGGUAGUAAUCGCUUCUACAUCUUUUGACCACAAUGAAGCUGAAAUGAUGACUAUUGCUUCAGUUAGUGGAAAAGAAAUCACUGUGACUACUCCUUUCCAACAUAAGCAUUAUGGACUUAUUGAAACUUAUGGUGAUGAUACUAUGGAUAUGAGAGCUGAAGUCGGCUUAUUGACCAGAAACAUUUUGAUUCAAGGAGGUCCUGAAGGGAUUGCUCAAGAAUGCGGUGUCCACGUCAUGCUUUUUGCCCCUGGUGAUGAGUCUUGCAUUGGCAGAAUUGAGUAUGCAGAGUUCUAUCAUGCUGGGCAAGCUUAUAGACUUGGAAGAUACCCUAUUCACUUUCAUAUGAUUGGAAAAGUCAGCUUGUCCUAUGUCAGAGGAAACUCAAUCCACCAUACUUUUAAUAGAGCCAUAACAACUCAUGGUGUCCACUACCAAACCCUUGAAAACAACGUGGUGUACAGAAAUAAAGGACAUGCUUACUUCGUAGAAGAUGGCAUUGAGACUAUGAACAAGUUCAUCCAUAAUUUGGGUAUUAGCACCAUUGCAUCAUUUUCUCUGCUGAAUACUGACCAAGAGCCUGCUACUUUUUGGAUAACCAAUCCUAAUAACAUUUUUAUAGGAAACCAUGCUGCAGGUUCAGAUAGGUUCGGAUACUGGAUUGAGCCACCUGAGCACCCAGGCGGGCCAUCAGCAACUACACUUAUAUGUCCUCCAUUUAUGCCUCUAGGAGAAUUCAAAAACAAUACUGCCCACUCUAAUGGAAAAUACGGUUUCAGAAUUUGGCUUGGCCACGUGCCUCUUGCUAACCCUUGCUCUCCAGGCAGAGAUAAAUCCUUACGUGACCCAUUCUCAGUCAACACCCCAAUUACUGCUACCUAUUAUAACUACACAGGCUGGAAAAACGAGCAAGACGGCGCAAUUGCUGAAGAUGUCGGAGAUGUCAGAUUUGUUGGCUUUAAAGUAGCAGACCACCACAAGAACGGUAUUGAAAUUUCAUACUCAGAGUUCUCCACACCUUACCAAACUGCCAGAAUCCAUGAUGCUUUGAUUAUCGGUAAGUCUAAAAACACUGAAGAUGACGUUGCUGGCGCAAUUGGGCUAACAACUCCACAGACAGAUGGACUUUUAAUUGAAAAUGUAAGGUUCCAUAACUUUGACGACAAAAUGUACCCACUUGGAGACGAAUCCCACUCAGAAAAUGUCCAGUCAAGAGAUUGGGGUGGAGUUAUGCACAAGUUUUCUGGACUUUCAUUUACUAACUCCAAUAAGAGAAUUCUUUGGAAUGUUCCAUAUAGAGGAAUCUUCCACUUCCUUGAUGACUCUUAUAAUGGUGUAGCUGGGUCUUAUGUGACUGCAUAUUGGCCUCAUUUGAUAACUCCUGAGUGUGUCUAUGAGGAAGACCUAUACAACGCCAUUAGUUGUGACUCAACUGUAGCUGUAAAAAGAGUCCUUUUCUAUAAUCAUGUUCCUAAUGGCAUUUUCUCAUUCCAGAAUUUGAAUAUAAGAAGAACAUCAGGAAAUGAGCUCCCAACAGAAGAUGUAGAAGUCACAGUUGAUGGGACAACUUCAACUGUAACUCAGCCAACCUGGGGCAAACUCCCAAUGACGAAAUCAUGUCAGAAGAAAGACCCACUUAAAGGAUGGGGUAUCCCAGUCGUGACUGGCUAUAACUAUACACUGUUCUGGGGAAGAGGAUAUCCUCUAGACUGGACUGAACUUGACAUCAGGAUUGAGCAGUUUGACUAUGAUGAAGCUGACAAGUGGGUGAUAAUCAGCAUGAACUUUACAGACCAUCGUGAAAUGUUCAACCUCACCCGUGGAACCCUCCCAUCAUCUGUAGACACAUCAGCUCCUGGUUUUGUAGAUCCUACUAAACUGAAAAGAACUACCCAUUUCAACGUAGAUACCGACACUUCAGGAACAUUUUACUGGGAUAACUCAACAGAUAACAGAAGAAUCGACAUCCUUCUCAACGGAGUCAAUGACCACCAAUACCAAUAUGGACCUAUCCAUGCUAAAGCUUGGAGAUGCUACGGAGACCAUUGCAGUACUCUUGAAACAACUGAUGACAGCUUGAAGAAUUUAUCAGUCGUCUAUUGGAGUGACCCUACUAUUUGGCCAAACGGUGUGUUACCAACAGCCGGCCAAAACGUUUUUGUCCUAAAUUCUUGGCAUUUAAUGCUAGAUAUUGAUACUCCAAAAUUCCACUAUGUUGAAAUUAACGGUCUUCUUGAAUUCGACAGGACUAAAAACGUAUAGAAAAUUGCCUUUGAGUAGCGCGCUAAGCGUCCGAGACUUCCCGGCGAAGUCUGGGCGGUGGUUUGAUCAGCUGAUGUUGGUCAAACCAGCAUCCAAUUUGACAAAUCUUCUAUAUGAGAAGAAUUUGUCAUUUUGGAUGUUGGUUUGACCAACAUCAGCUGGUCAAACCACCGCCCAGACUUCGUCGGGAAGUCUCGGACGCUUAGCGCGCUACUCAAAGGCAAUUUCUAUAUCAUUAAGCUCUGAAUGGAUAUUCGUAAGAGGUGGAAAACUCACAUCAGGAAGCGAAGAAUACCCUAUCCCACCUAACAUUUUCCACACAAUUACUCUUCAUGGCCAUCCAAACUCUGAAGAAUUCGCAUUUUCCAAUGACGUUGAAGGAGGCAAUAAGGUCCUUGCCAUUACAGGAGAAGUCCAAAUGCAUGGAUACCCUAAGACUCCAUACUCUUUCUUGUCUCAAAAUGCAUAUCCAGGUGACUCAUUUAUCUUUGUAGAUAGCGUUGAUUGGAGUGUAGGUGAUGAAAUUGUGAUUGCCCCAUCUGGCUUUGAUAAUACAGAAGACGAAGUCUUUGUGAUAACAGACAUAAUUGGAGCUUCAGCCCAAUAUGUAAUCCCUGCUAUGAACAGCUCUAGGAUGCUUGUUGACUUUGCAACUGAUUCUGACUGGAAUAAAGUCAAUAACCUCAGAAAUGUAGGGAAAAACCCUAACAGCAUUGACCAAAGCUUGUCUCAACAGUCAGUUCCAGGCUCCUCUACUGGGAUUACCAAGAUUAUGCUUAAUAGCACCCUUAAAUACUACCAUUCUGGAGUCCAAAUGUUGAUCCAAGGAGUUACAGUUGACACCAGGACUGAAGUCGGAGUUCUAACCAGAAAUGUUAAAAUCCAAGGAGAUGGCUACGUUGGCUGGGGCUGCACAACAAUUGUCAGUGAUUUCUAUGAUGUUUUGACCACCAGUGGUACCCCUGCUUACAGAUAUGGUAGAGUCAAUCUUACAAACGUCGAGUAUUCUAAAUGUGCCCAAGAAGAUACCACCAAGGGUUCUAUCCGAUUUGAGCUCGGUGGAAAGAUCCCAUCACGAGUCCAUAACUCAGUCUUUAGAGACUCUUAUUCAUAUGCAGCCUUUUUCCAUCAAACCAGCAACGUGGAGUUCUCUAACAACUUCAUCUAUAAGACCAUUUGGAAAGGAAUUGUCGGCUCUGACAUCAAAAAUGUCACUCUUUCAAAUAACGUGCUUGUCAAGACAGCAAAUAGAGGAUUCUUGAGCAAUGCAUUAGACGUCCCUGCAGGAUUCUUUAUAUGUGGUGAUAAUCCUCUUUGCAGCAAUGUAUCGACAGUUGGAAACAGAGUAGUAGGGUCUGAUAGCGUUUCCUUUAUUCUUGGAGGGCAAAAUUGUGAUACCAAUGUGGUUACCCAUUAUAUUGCAGACAAUGUUGCCCACUCUUCACUUUAUGGUUAUGUUAUCAGUGGACAAAAUAAUGUGAAAUGUGCUGCUGCAACUGGUCUAAAGGCUUGGUUUUGCCAGCAAGGUGUAGGCUCUCAAGGAGGAUUAGUCAAUAGAUUUCAAUUCUCAGGACUUGUACUAGUGGAGAAUCAAAUGGGUAUUGCAAUCAGAGGACAACAUAAUGAUGACUUUGUACCAUAUGUCAGCACUAUAACUGAUAGCUUGAUUGUAGGGAGAACUCAACAGAGCUAUUGUGACCCUACAAAUUGUACAUCUGCAGACUGCGCUGAUAGAAAAGGUAUUGUAACAGGUGUCCAUGAUGUCAAGAUCUUCGACCUUGAAUAUGACCAGAAAAUGAAGCUUCCUCUCUAUGAUGCUAAAAAGAUGGAAUGCGGCUAUGGCCACUGGGAAUACUCAGGCACUACCUUUGUUAACUUACUCCCCCCUCCAUGAGCGAACAAAAGUUAUUUUAAUAGAAAAAAAAUUAUGCGAGAAAUUUAUAUAUAAGUGAUAAAUAGUAUCAAUUCUCUAGCUAAUUCUGUUUAAUUUUAAACGAAUUACGUUUUAAAGCAUAAAUUUUUUUAAAUUAAAUUGAUAUUUGCUUUCCAAUUUUUACGAAGCUAGGAUUUUUUUCAAUUUCAAAAAGCAAUUUUUAUAAAAUUUAAUAUAUAAAUUUUUUUAAAAAGAGCUAACCCCCUCUGUGAACGAACAAGAUUUUUUUGUUUGCUCACAGAGGGGGAGUUAGUAUUAUAUAUUGACUUAAUAGGUUUAUUUUUUUUUUUUAUUUAUGGUUUUAUAAAAUUCAGCCUAAAGAGCGUAAAAACAUCAUGCGGAAGAGAUUACGCUAUCGGCGGAAAUGAAUUGGUUCCUAACUUGCCUCAGCCCAAUCUGUUCUCGAAAUCAACAUUUAUCAACGUAGACAAAGGAUCAAUAGCUUACAUGCCAGAACCUGAUAAAAGCUUAAUUGGUGUUGGCUUUUGUGGAAACUGGGUAUGCACAGGAGCUAAUAACAACUUAAUCCAAGACAUUGACGGCACUAUUACUGGCGGGUCUAUCGGAGGAGCAGUAAUUCCUUUAGUCCCAGGCAUCGCAAACAUAAACAUAUGCAAGCCAUAUACCCAAGGUCAGGUUUAUAUUUGUCCUUACGAUACCACAUCAGGUGAAGUCUAUGAAUUUGUCAUCAUUGAGUCAUUAGACAGCGAUAAAUGGAACAGAACAUUUUCACCAUUAAACAUUACUUCAUUUGACGUCGGAAAUGGCUUUGCCUUUAAGAGUUACAACUACGGAGCAUUUAGAAAUGACUUGAACGAAUACGAAGAUAUGACUUGGGAAGGCUUCUAUAGAGAUAAUUCCCAUUUAAGCAGGUUUGGAUCAAUCAUUUAUACAGGACAGUAUUACAAUUUGACAACUACUGGGACUCCUCCAACUAAAUUCUCAAUUGUAACUGAAGCUUCUGUUGAUCAAUCUAGAGGAUUCGUUAUGGCACUUAGAUAUGAUAGCCCAGUCAUUGUAGAUGUAUACGUCAAUGGUACAAAAGUAGACGCAAUUGAGUAUGUGAGCGGUGAAAAUACCCCAGUUGUUCAGCUCACUGACCCCACAGGAACAAAUAGAUGGUUCCAUGAAAACGCUACUAUUCAAUGGGUCCAAAAAGGUCACGCAAAUAUCACGCUUGUCCAAACAAGCUCAGUCAGACUGACAAUGCAGCUAGACAUGACACUAAAGGAGUAUUACAGCGAUAACACUCGUGCUACCUUAAUUGACAAGCUUGCAUCAGUCCUUGGCAUCCCAUCUUACAGAAUAAGAGUUGCAAGUGUCUUAAUUUAACUUAAAUCUGGCUAUUAUGAAUCUUUAUCUUUAUAUGAUUUAGAGGUCGUAAGACCAUUUUAUGGCGAGCCAAAGCUCACCGCGCUAGGCCUUAUGGCCUUAAUUACCCACCGCUAGCGACGACAAGGUAGUUUAUCUCCUCAUCUCACGCCCGUUGUCUUGGCCAGAACACCCGUCUUCGAUUUGAUUACACCCCAUUAGCUUGCGUCUCCUCCAUCGGAGUCCGGUGAGCUGCGGACUUGCUUCCAUCUUGCCUUAGACGAUCCACCUCUCUGCCAACUCUGAAUUGCGCAGAGACUCGUGCAGCCUACACUGCCCAGUCUUCGUCCCACACUCCUUGAUGCCAGUCUAUCUCGCCAGCCAUCCUAUCCCAGGAGCCCUGAGUCCGUUGACCCGAUGGUAGGCCCGGCUUGAGGAAAAGCUCAAGGUUUGCUGAGCCAAAAACCUCACCUGGGGAGAAAUAAAUAACUUAAUUUAAGCAUGCUCUAGGUCGGUCGAGCAUGCUUUCUCGGACAUUUAUUUCUGGCUAUUAUGAAUCACUAUCGUCCAGACACACUUUCUUAUUCGCCCAAACUUAUGAAGUCAUAGUCCAUCUUGAGCAGCUGCUCAAGUUUUCAAUCCAGACUUUAUUAGUCAGACACCAUAGACUCGUGAGUCGCAUUGGCCAAGUUGCUACUUGACUCUUGCGCAUGUUCCUAUAAAGAUCAGCUCUGCCCAGAAGUCAAGUGGAGUAAUCUAUGCCUCUUAAAAAUCAACAAGGUCUUCAGAAUUGCUACUUGGUAUAAUUUGCUGAAGGCUCGCUUGUAGAGCCAAGCCCCUUAAUAUAAAAAAAAUUCUGGAAAAUAAAAAGUUCUCAUAAAGAGCUUAUUCAGGCAACACCUUUUUAUUAUUAUGAGUUGCAAGUGUCAAGCAAGGCUCAGUCAUCCUCAACAUGUUCAUUAAACCAGAUGAAACCUUAUCUGGACAAACAGACUCUACAGGUGCUAAAGCACAAGAUAAAGAGUUAGCCAGCAUUAACACAUUAGUUACUUCGCUUGCAUCUACUGGGAAACUUAGCCAAGCUCUUGGAAAGACUGUAUUAAGCAUAGACUCCCAAACUUCUAUAGUCAAUUCCACAGCUAGUGUAGCAGUAAAUACUGGAGGAAGCGGAAACACUGGUGGAAAUACUGGCGAAGGAAAUACUGGCGGAGGAAAUAAUGGUGGAGAUCCAGGUACUGGAGGUGGAAACACUGACAACGGAGGAGGGUCUAAUAUCGUCUUUAAAGGCACUUUUAAUGAAGCAGUCAGCGACUGGGUUAUUGGACUUCUUGUCGGCAUUAUUUUAGUAGUCAUGGCAAUUGGGUCGAUCAUUGCUUAUGCAUUUAGCAAGAGAAAGAGAUUGUUCCUUGCAGAGCCACCUUCUGCUAAGGUUAUCCCAAUUCUAGAAGAAGUUGAUGAGCAGCAUGCAAUUUCCUUUGACUCUCCUAAAAAACAAGCCUUUGAAUUCGAAGCUGGAGACGCUAGAGACUUGCAUAAAAUCUUUACAAAAGAGGAAGAAGGAAAAGAAAUGGACCAAGGACAAGUAAAGACACUGGAAGGUGAAGAGAGAAAGGUCAUUCGUCAUGCAUCCCUUGUGGAUGUUUAG